AUGCCGAAGCUGAAGGGAGUCGAAGGGACGAAAUCUCACAAGAAGAUGGGCAUAGCAAAACGAAGAAGACCGAGUGGAACGGCUUCUGUCAAAGGAAAGAGCAAUCUUCGUAACAAGAGAAAGAAGGUUUGAAUUUGGUUAAAUUUACUUGAAAAAAAUCGAUUUGUUUUUAUUUAAUCGCACGCAAUUUUCCUCGAAAUUCUACGAGAUUUGCUCUUACAUAUUCUCUGUUAGUUUCUCUAUUGACCGGGUUAUACCUGACGCUUGUUCGAUUAGUCUUGCUCGACUUUAUCCUGAACUAAAAUUCUUUUUCUUGCAGGAUUUUCUAAAAGUUUUAAUCUGAGUCUUAAAACUUCUGGGCAGUAUUUAUAAUAUUCUAAGGCAUACGCCCGAGAAAUCUUUGAGGAUAUAGGUUAAAAAGUUUUGGCGUCGAGCUCUUGUCUCUCGAUUCGUUUAAACUUGUAGCUUCGAGAAAAAUACUGCAACAUUUAAAGUAUGUUAUUUUCCAUCACGGUUUCUUUUCAUCUAGAUAUAUAUUUUUCUUGUUCGAAUGUCUUCGCCGUUCAAGCGGUUUAGUCAUUUUCCGAAGUUUUGCCCUAUUUGCUUGGAAGAAGCCAGUCGACUAACUACAGGACAGUCUUGUCCUUUAAUAUGAAAGGUUGUGCGUGGAGACCUUCCCUUUCAAAAUAUUAUUUUACUUUUCAAAGCCUCCUGUUUUAUAGUUUUGAGCUCAGAUCCAUUCUUCUCUUUAGUUUGAGGCUAUUGUCAAGAGGGCGCUGGGCCUAUAACAGAAAUCAUUCGAGGAGUCUUACAAUUUGGGUGAAAUGAUUUUUCAGUAGAAAGAAUCAGCUGUGUCUAUGUGCUUUUAAACUGUACGCACAGAGUGCUGGCGUGUCAAAGAUGGGAACGGUAAAAUCCGGCCGCCAGAAAAAAAUUAGCGGGUACCUGUUGUUCAAGAGAGUAACCUAAAAAGCUGCGUGACCAAUAUUUUUGAUGAAAAAAAAUUAGGAUCUUUGGAAUUUUAAAAUAAGAAUUGUGUAAAACUUCCAGACUCAAGCUAAAACUUUUUUUUCAGUCUGGAAGAAGUGUGAGCCCCCGGAGUGAUUCUUCUGAGGACAGCGUGUUGUCGAGUCAAGCAUGCGCACAGAGGUCAUCGGGGAGGCUGAAAAAAAUGGCGGCAAUGUUCAACCGAGAGGCGAGUUUUGAUGAUAAUCGGUCGGAUAUUUACGACGACGAUGAAGAUAGAGGAUUUUUUCAGAUGAAUGAAUCAGAUGAAGGUACAGUUAGUAUUUUAAUGUGAGGAAAAAGCGGCUUAUCUUUUUAUGAGGUGUCUUAUCGUCCCUCAUAUUUUGACAUGCAACUGGUCAAUCCAGGUUGUGUUUACAUUGUACAUUUACAAAAUCUGCUCAGUUUUUUUACUCAGGCAUCCUGUCGAGAGUUCGUGUCUAUUCUCUUAGCAUAAGCAGUUGUCGAUACGUUAUAGUUGAACGUCAAAGUUUUUAAUGGGACUACAUUUUUGCACUUUUGUGAGAUCUGCAUUCUUUGUGCCCUGUAUAAUGUGCAGACUUUAUUAAUGCAGAGAUGCUGAUCACGGACGAUGAAAAUUGUGGAGAACUUUUUUAAACGCCAACACAUGUCAUGACCUUCUUUAAUAACAUUGUAGGUCCCCUACCCUUUCAGAACUUGAGGUGGUUAGAUGGGGUAUUAUUAUUUAAUUUAACAUUGACCAGCCUGUGUGCAUUUUUUUUUUAGCAUUUUUGGUCAUAGUGUGUGACACUCUCAGAUUCUUUGAAUUUCACGUGCUAGGAAAUGCAGUUUGAGAGAAAAUAAAUGUGGCAUAACAUUUAAGCUCAAUUUGCCACCUCAAAUAAAAUCAAACCUUUCCACAACCUCUCUUGGGGACAAAGUUGAGGGUUUGUUGUAGAGAUUUUGCCAUUUUAAAGGGGUCAAACAAGAGUAAAUGUAUCUGCUGGAAGAAAAAAAUGGCCAUUAUUUGUAGAAAGGUAGCUCUUAGGAUAGGUUCAAAAUGUACAUCGUGCAGAUUAUGUUGGUGGACACACUGGAAAGGUGGGUGUAUCAAUGUAUUUUUCUUGUGUAACAAUCACUGUUGGUCUUUUCCCUCUCUUUUGUCAUAGGAAGGGUUGUUUGAUUUUAUUAUAUUAAAGUGUUGGAUCAAUAGUGCAGAAUGUAAAAGGUUGUUGGUUGUCCUUUGACAAUCAAACAGGGAAUGCUGGGACAUAAUUGUGACAGGUCAUGUCGUAAAUAAUGUUCUAAUGCAUAUGUUAUAUGUUAGGGCUGUCAUUAAAGGCUGAGGGCCGGAACUUUCUCCCAGCUUCUAUGACAUGACCCUUUUUUCAUUGGAAAAUGGAACAAAAAUAGAACCAAAAAAAAAUUCCUAGCUGUAUACAUCACCUACGUGAUGUAUUUACCCAGCAAAUUGAAAUCUUAGUGACAUCUCUGUGAUAUUAUACCUCUAAAACAGUGUUUUUUUUUCUUUUUAACUACAUAAGUGAUCACACAUAAGUGAAUGGCCUAGGCUUCAAAGGAAAAUUGAUUUGUAAUACUAUUUCAUAUCAAUUGUUAGAUACUGAGGAUGCAAGUGAGACUGAUAUGGCCAAGCUUGAAGAAGAGUUUACAGAAAUGAAAGAGCAGUAAGUGGCACCAUGUCUAUUAAUGUGUCCAGUUUUCCAUGAUUAGGUCAGCUUGUUGAUCUUCCCACUUUUCAUACUUAUACCUGUAGCUAAGGUUAGGUAGCAGUGAAGAAAGAGGUGCUAUUACCCACCUAACAGUCAGUGAUACAUAUAGCAGAAUGUUAAUUCAUUCUUAGAGUACUCAUAGCACUGAAGAAAAUCAAGGUGCAGUUUAGUUUAGGGUUAAUUAUCAGCUUCUGGCUGCAGGCUCAUUUUGACUCAGUUGUUUAAUAAUAAUGUUUCCUCAUUUUGAACUUCCCUUAGGAUGUAUCAAGACAAGCUGCAGGACUAUAAACAACAGUUACAGAAUUUGAUUGGUGGUAGGUACUUUUAAGAGGGAAAUGGAUGUUCACUUCACCAAGUUUAAAGUAGGCAAAAUUUAGGCAAAGUUUUUCAAGAUUUAUCUUGAGCCAAUGUCUUCAGUUAUCACUGCCUUAAGUGCACAUGUGUGUACACUUGGUGAUCAUUGCUUUUUGUCUUUGUUAUUUAAGCUAAUCCUGCACUGAGAUCUCAAAGGUCAACUCUUUUUUAAACAUAGACGGAUUAUUGCAUUAUACAGUGGAACCUUGAUAUGAUGAAUGGCCAAAGGACUGGCAAAAUAUGUUUGCUAUAACAAGGCUUCAUCAUAUCAAGGUUCUUUUUAACAUAUUUUACUGUUACUGGGACAAAGAAGAAUAUCUUUCUUUAUAUCUUGUUAUAUAGAGAUUAAUUAUAUUGAGUUUCCUUUGUAGCUGCUAAUAGGGAGCUUAAGAAACAACGAUGGCGACAUCAAGGAGAACGGCAAGAAAGCAGUAGGUCAAGAUUAGCAAAACAACAUCUAUGCACGUGCAUCACGCUUUUUUGUACAUUUCUUUGUUGUCACUGUACGACUACAUUGUGAAAAAGCCUAAUUUCACGUUUUGCGGAGGACAUGAACACAAGACGACUUUCUCUGUCUUUUCUUGACCUUUGAAUUUACAUGUUUUAGAAUUCAACUCCAGAAAUAAUUGCCAACUUGACGAAUUAAAUGAGAUGGAAUGAGCACAAUAAAGUUAAAAGCAUCGUGACUUCACUUUUUACGUGACGUUUUCGUAGCCAUCACUGUCAUUGUUGCUUAAGCUCCCUAAUGUUCUCAGUGGAACAAUGCUGUUCUCUGUAAAAUUCAGGGUGCCUAGCUGAUGAUUUUUAUGAAAGUGACUAAGACCUCCUUAUCAGCCAAGAGCCAAAGUAAGGUGCCAGGGGCCACUGGGUAGAGUUAGAGCACAACCCUGGUGAAACCCUGUUUUGUCAAAUUAUUGAUUUCUUUUUUGUUGUAAAUUAGGAAAGCAUCCUGAGUACACUAAAAGGAUGAAUAAACUGGACAUGUUAAGAAGUGAGAGACUUCUCAUUGCAGGUAAAGUAUAUGUAGCUUGACUUCCUUGUAUACCAGGUAACCUGGUGUGCUUGGAAUGAAAAAUUUCCUUUUAAGAGUACUGGUAAAACUAGUGAGACUUUUUUAGCGGUUGUUGAUAAAAAGGUUUUCCAUCUUAGUGAAAGAUUAUUAUUAAGUCACUUUUUAAAUUCACCAUCCCCAUCCCACAAGCGCAAGUCAUAGCUAAUAAUAUGUUAAAAGGUCAUCAUUGUCAUGAAAGAUAUUGUUCUUGGUGGAUGAUGUGUAUAAAGGGUUUCGUUAAUUGUUUGUGUCACGAUUGUGACAUAGACAUUGAUCACCAUGUUUCGACCGUGUACUGCAGGUCUUCAUCAGGCCAUAGUGUCGAUUUACUGAGUAGAACUAUUGUACCACCAUGUUUGUUAGUGAUUGAUGUAUGAUUGUUGGUGGGUUUCGAUCCAAAGCAUUGUUGGCUUUAUUAGAAGAGGAAACUAUUCCCUCAGUGGUCCGUUGUGGUAAUGAUUGGAUGCUAUGCCGUCUGAUCGUCAGCAUCCAUGCGUCAGGAAUCUCAAUUCCACUGUCCCUGUUGAUGUUGUUAGGGUGAAGUCUUAUGUGAAUAGCCUCUUUAACUCUACGAGAAUACCAGUGAGAAUCUUGGUCAAUAAACUUAACCUCGUCCCAGAACGGAUAAUGCGCGGUCUUAUUGACAUUUUCAGAAAUGGCUGAAGUUUGAGUUCUUGAAGGCCAUUUAAUGUAAAUGACCUAAUAAAUGCCCACUUCCAAAUAAAUGCCGCCUGUCUAUGUGAAUUAUUCCAAAAUACUAGGAAUAAGCAAAAUCUUUCAAUUCAUUCUGUUUCUUGCUUGAUUAAAAAGGCUUUGAGAAGUUCAUCUUGUGCAAUGUCGAGUUGAAAGUAAGGAUAGACUAACGAUGGCAACAACAAUAACCCUGAACGAGGAUUCUGACGGCAAUGUGGCAAUUACAAAGAGAGAUAUGGAUCUCUAGACAGCGGAGAGAUAUCAGUUGAUGGAGUGAAUUUUCCGCUAUUUUUAAACUCACUUGAUAUUUUUGCUGAAAGUUUAUUGGUUUGGUUGAGCUUGUUACAGUUAUGAAAAUAUACUCCCCUUCUCUUUAAAUGCCUGCUAUCAAUUAAAUGCCCCUCUUGGACCUCUAAAAUUAAAUAGACACCCCAGGCAUUUAUUAGGUAAUUUAUGGUAUCCCUAUUGUGCCCCUUAAUCUGUUCAUGCAUGUACCUUCCCGUUUGCCAAUGUAUACUUUGCCGCACUCACAAGCAAUCUGAUUCUUGGAUUGUGUGAUGUUAGCUACAAAUGAGUAGGGGUAUCCUUUUGCCCAUUCCACAUGCAUAAGUUAUGGCUUAAGUUAUUAUGUAUUAAAACAAAGGCCAUCCAUUCAUAGCCUGAAUUUCAUCCAAUUAAUUCAGGCUAAUCCAUUCAUUGACAAAUGCAUUGUUGUUGGGUAAGGGUGAGAGAAAAGGUGAUCCCCCCAUCAUGCAUAAACAAAGUGUUUUGAUAAAGACCUGCAGCUGUUUAACUUAACCAUGAAUAGGGGUGUAACAAUUCAUAUUCCUUGCGAUUCUAUUUUGUAAAUGUUUCUUAAUUCUUAUAACAAAAUGCGUAAUGUAAACAACAUGCAACCCUUAACCUUUAAUUUGAGAAUAGUAACAGGGACAGGAGGAUUCACAGUUGCUUGGUCGUUCACUGCCAUGUUUGAGAACCUGACAAAGAGCAUGUCACACAUGGUUUGCCUUAUUUGGAAAUUCUCAAUGGGUGGCUGAAGGACAGCAUUUUUCCAGGAAACACAAAAUGGCAAACGUACUGCAAUCGUCUUUGCUCUUCAAUCAAAAAUGCACAAUUUAAAGCGUUCUGGAUUCUGAUUUUACAAUAUUAUAACUCACUAAGGGCACCCUGGGAAAGGUAUGCACAAAUUGAACCAAAUUAAUUGAAACGUGGAAGCAAAGCUACUUGUGGUGGAUUAAUCUGACUAUUCUGUUUUCAUUUGCAGAAAUAUGCCGAAAGUAUGAGGUUAGUAUUUGAACAGAGGCAUCUUUAUUAUAUGGUUAUGACUACAUUGUAUGUUUUAGUGAUUUAAUAUGGUACUUUGAUAAUGGGUGGUAUUGGUGGGGGGUAAUGGCGUGGCAGUACUGUGUUUUGUACACAUGGAAGUUAUUUACCACUAAUUGCAAACAAAAUUAUGCCUUCAGUGUAUUAGAUAUUUCAAAUUUUGUAAUGUUUUAUAUUUGACUUUUACCCUAGAUUGAGCUGAUCGAGAAAGAAUAUGUUCGAGAACAAAAGGCAGCACAGCAGGAAUAUGAGGUCAGUUAAUCUUUUUCCUUCACAGUAAAACAUCAAAGUAAAGCAUAUUAGCUGGUAAAGGGGUUCAACUUACUUGAAGGCAGUAAAGUUACCAUUCUGAAAGUUUGGGUUUCAAGAACUGCUCUGUUGCUAGCUUGGAUUGUCUAGUGAUCAGUAAUUCCUUAUACUUGCUGGUCAUGCUUAUAAAUAAUCAACUGUUUCACUUGCAGCCAGUUGGGAUUUUCAGCUCCUACGGGGUAAUUUAAAUGAUUUGUUUCAGUUAUUUUCCUUAGCUCUACCCUGUGAGCAGAGGCUACAUAUUCGCUGUGUGAGCUUUUGUGCAAAAAGUAGCCUCUGCUGACAACCGUUCAAAUCUGUCCUGAAAUCUGGACCAAUAAAUUAAAAAACAGGUUUUUUCCUGUUCUUGACCGGUUUAGAGCUUUGCGUGAGUCUUGCGUACUAGCAGAUCAGAGUUAAUGCAAUUCUUUUAUUUCGGUGAUACUCGCGCCAUUUGACGACAGACCUGUGGAUUAAUUUUGCUUGCGAAAAUUUAUGUCAAGGUUUGACAAUUGAACAGUUGUUUCCUUCUGAUUUCUAUAGCAAAAGAAAGUUGAACUGAAGGAAACUCUCCUGAAUGAACUGCAAGAGAAGAAAAAGGUGAUAGAGUCUGAAAGGAUAUCAAUGGAGCUUACUGGAGGUUAGUAUCAAAGUAUAUUUUUGUUCAGAUUGUCCCAUCUUGCCAGCUGCCAGGGCCAGCCAUAUAAUACAGUCAACUCUAUUGUAAGUGACUACCCUUGGCACAUGACAAAGUAGUCCUUCACAGGAGGUGGUUGUGUACAGGAAAAAUCAAGAAAAUAUGCUCAAAGUGAACUGAGUAACGUAAUUACAUAAAGUUGUUACCUUACAAGCUGAAAUUAGGGUUAUAGACUACUAGCAAUAAUGUUUCUCAUCAAAUAGCACUUAGAAUUAUUGUUGAAACUUUGUACAUAUCAUAUUGGAUCAACAUAACAAUACACUUUUUUACCUACAUACAGGAAAAGAUCUUAAGAAUGUUUCUCUUACAAUCAUACGUUCGAUCAUGAUGAGUGGUCGCUUACAAGAAACAGAAAACAAAAGAAUAUGUCAAAUGUCUGGCCUAAAAAGUGGUCGAGACUGUGUGAGAAAAUAGAUGUGGUCUAUUACAAGAGAGUUUUUAAAAAAGCACUUUGACUGAACAGUUAUUUACAAGUGGUGGCUUGUAGGAGGUGGUCCCUUACAAGAAGUGGUCACCAUGAGAGAGUUGACUGUAACAUCAAUAUUAUUACCUGACUAUUUUUAUAAUUCGGCCAUAUGGCCAAAACAGGAUUCAGUAGUGUGGUUUUAAACUGAUAUAUUCAAAUUCUUUGUUGUAGACUCAGUAGAAGUGAAACCUGCUGUUACACGAAAGCUGAGAAGAAGGCCAAAUGAUCCCCUUCCUGCUCCGGAGAAAAGGAGAAAAACCUCUCAUAUCCUUUUCAAUCAUCACAAAACUAGACAAAGUAUUGUGUUCAAAGCAAAAUAAAAUUAUUGCUUUGUUUUUGAUAUUAAAUGGCCUUAACUGAUUCCACCCCAGAUAAAUUACAUGCUUGAUGAAGAAGACAUCAUGGAGGACUUAAAGGCACUCAACAAACUUGUUUCCCUCCCUGGUGAGGUAUGUGAGCUCUCUCUACACUCAACCGCCAGGUACCCUUUGGCGGCACUUAGAACAAUGUGUGUUUCAAACUGUAGCUCACUUCAUAACCAUAGCUAUUAGACUACCUUAACCCAUUUGCGUGUAGCCAACAACCCAGUUUGAAGCUAGUUGCACCAUUUUCUGAUCACCAUCUGACUAAUUUGAGCAAUAUUUUAGCUUAUGUCCCUGAUGCCUCCAUUCAACUUGGAAAAGUUUGGGCAUUUUGGAAGACAAAUUAGAAAGUGACUCUGUCCCUUUUACUUAAACCUUUCACUAUCUCUCCUCCCCACUUGGUUAGCUUUUCUUUCCCUUUUUUCCCCCUUUUUGCUAGGUAUUUACGUAAGGGUUUCUGUUGUGUGAAUGUGUUAACAAAGGCUAGCUGUAAAGGCCUGUGUAGUGUUAAAACGUUUUUAAUCUAGUGAUGACACCUCAAUGGUAAUCUCUGACUCUAAAGUCACAAAGUUGUUUUUUUGGUAGAUAUCCUCAUCUCAGUCUCGAUCAGAGAGUAAAACUGGGAAUAACCGAAUCAAAUCAGGUAUGAUUUCUUACUAUUUCAUUUGUCAACAGCCGAUUGAUUACUAAAUAGCUUAGGUUGCACUAAUUUGAUCCUUUGAAAUGGUUACAUAGUACGUACUUGUAAAUCUUUCUAGGGAAUGGUUCUCAUUCAGAGAUCUCGUACCCAAUUGAAGUCAGAUCUGAAGAUGGGAAGCUGUUUUAUGACAAAAAAUGGCAAGUUCAUAUUCUCAAGAAAAACAUAAUCAUCAAAUUUUAUUGUCUCUCUAGCUGGUACAACAUGUUUAGAAUCACUAUUAUUACUUUUUUCUCACCAGGUUUCACAAAGGAACUGGAGUAGUUGUGGAGACAAGAGAAAAUGGGAGAUACAGGUGAAUAUUGGGACUGUAUUGAUUUAGAGAAAAUGCAGUGAUUACAUACUGCUCUUAUUUUUAAGUAUUUUGAUUAACAUGGGCAGAGGUGCCCAAUAGCUCGUGUUGGUAUUUUUUCUAUAUAUAAGCCACACCUUAAGUAAAGUAUUCUUCUUUUUCAGUGGUGUCCUUCAUUCCAUUGGUCAGUCAGAGGUGAGGCAUUUUUUUAACAGUCCUGUGCAGAAUUUGCAAAUGAGUUAUGUUUGGAGUGUGCAAGGAAAGUCAUGUCCGAUAGCCUGAGGCUAGUGGGUCUUUUUGCAACUGGGGUAGUGAAUUACCUUCUUCAUUUUGGGGGGGGGGGGGGGGGGGGGGGGAAUUCAAAUAAGAAAAUUGUUAAAAGGGGAAUCGUUUUUUUUUUUAAACUUUCCCUUUUUUUUUUGUGAAAUUAGCGAAAUUUACCCUUUUUAACAAGUUACAUUUUUUAACCCCCUUACUCUGCAACAAGAAAACUAACACACCAAAAUUUCAUUUUGGGGGGGGGGGGGGGGGGGGUGAAUUCAAAUAAGAGAAGUGUUAUAAGCUGAAUCGUUCUUUUGUUUAAACCUUGCCUUAUGUUUUAGUGAAAUUAGAGCAAUUUCACCUAUUUAACAAGUUUAAUGUUUUAACUCACUAGAUCUGGAUCAAGAAAACUGACAACACCAAAGUCCGCAUAUACAUAUCCUCACUUAUCAAGGGAAAAUUUCACCUCAAGAAGAAGAGCACAUCAAGCAACAGCAAUCAUCAUCCUAGUUCAUCACCUGCAUUAUCUCAAACCAGUAAUACAUAA